UGAACUAAAGCAAUCUCAUUGGGAAAUCAUGCACAUGAUUGCUGGUAAUGGUUUACAGAUGUUGUCGAAACAUGCUUAUCAACCUGAUGAAUUAGAUUUCUUUGCUGAAUUCUUGAGAUUUUUAAGGAAUUGUUGUGCUGGAUCGCCUACAAAUCAGUAUUUCAUUAUGAGUUCAAAUACAGUUUUUAAUUUUGCGAAAAAAAUAGUAACCUAUUUCUUGCAGAGAACUGGCGAGAAAGAAAUUGCUGUUCUUAAGUGUUGUGUUCAGUUGUUUGGGAAUUUAUUAUGCACUGGAAGUGAAUCAAAACCUGUUGUAUGGCAAUUGUUUUUUGAAGACAAGACAUUUAUUUAUUUGUUUCAAAAUGAAGAUAAAAAGGUUCAAGAAUAUUCAAUGAUGGUUUUAUAUAAUUGCAUGUCUGAAGAAAGUUCCAGAACCAUAGUCAAUACAAAAGAAGGUCAAGAAAUUCUUAUAGCUGUCACAAAUAGCUUAUGUGUUGACUUAAUUGAUUGGGGCAUUCUUUUUUUGGAGUUAAUAAUGAAGCAAGGAGAUUUCAUGGAUAAAUGCUAUAAUAUUUUGCCCCUUAAAAAUAGGUUACUUGUUCUAGAUGUUAUUGCUGAGCAGUUAAAUAAUGCUCAAGAAAAUUCUUAUUUUUUUGUGCCUAAUGCAUCAAUAAGGCAUAUCAAAGAUCUUUUUAUCAAAUACGUUCUAAAUAUAGUACAAGUUUCUAAUUCUGAGGCAGCAGAUUUGAAAUCAAUGGAAAUAGUGAAAAUGCUAUGCAUAUUGUGUUCUGCAUCAGUUUCAGAUGUAUACAGCUCAGUUUUGAAAACAAGUCCAGAUUUAAUUGAGAGCUCUUUAGAUACGUUGAAAAGCAUACAUCUGUUGGGAAAGAAAAGCUGCAAUGCAUUUUCAUGUAUUAGUAGUUUGAAGCUUACAAAUGCAGUGUCAAAAGAAGAAAUAGAAUGCCAUCCUUCUUUUGGAUUUAAGAAAAAUUUAAUUAGGCUAAUUGGGAACUUGUGCUACAACUGUAAAGAAAAUCAGGAUUUGGUCAGAAGGUUAGAUGGUAUUUCUUUAUUGCUGGAUUGUUGCAAUUUAGAUGCUAGAAAUCCUUUCAUCAUGCAGUGGUGCAUUUUGGCUAUAAGAAAUAUUUUAGAAAACAAUCCUGAAAAUCAGGCUAUCUUAGCAGGAAUUUCAGUGACUGGAGAUCUUGUUGACUCGGCUCUGAUACGAGAACUAGGCUUCCAAGUGCAUUCUGAAAAUGGAAAGUUUGUACUGAGAUCUACACAGUGUUUUUCUUGAUACCAAUGAAGAAACUUUUGUGAACAUACUCUUUAAUUUAUGGUACAACUUGGUACACUUUAUGAACUUCAUGCAAUUUUAAACCAAACUUUUUUUAUACUCUGAUUUUUUAGACAUUCUGAUCUGAAGUUAACAUUUUUGUGAGGUAUAAUUGCUUUUCUUUUUUGCAAGCCCUCAUAUGCAUUUUGCUAUUUAUGUAUAUUUCAUAUACAUUUUAGGAAAUCUACAAUUUGUCAUGAGCAAUAAUAGUAAAAUGCUACUGUUAAUUUCUAUGGUUAAGAAAAGUUCAGAAAACUUAUUUUAGUGUUUCUAUUGAAGUCUUCUCUCAAAUAUAUUAAAAAUAUGCUCCAAAGUAAAAAAAUAUUAAUGAAAUAGUUUUUAAAUCUGUUUCAGUUAGUACUAGUAUAAUUAACUACAUUUCCUAUUUUGCUGUAAAAUUUAUAUAUUUUGAAUUAAUAAUUGGUAAUUACUUUCUGCAAUGAUGUAUUCAUUUUAUAUAAAAUUGAUUUAUUUUUAUUUUCAUUCAAAGGGAUAAAAUUUUAAAAAAUCUUCUCCCCUCCCCCAAUAUAAAUAAAUACAUAGCUAAAAUAUUGUAUAUGUGUUUGUAAUUCUCUUCCGCAAAGUUCAAAUUGAUACCAGAUAGAAUGUAAUUAAGAAUAUUAAAAGAAGGGGACUAGGCUAGAUUGUAAUUAAAGGCAUAUUAAACCCACAUUUCACAGUUUUAUCUUUCUGUAAUUUAAAUAUUUGUAUUCUUACUAGGUAACUGAUGAAAUGCCUUUAAGUUUUUUGUUUAUUCUCAGUUACGUGAGUUAACAUUUUCUGGAUUUUUUAUUAAUUUUACUUUAUAAAAUAUAAAAUUAAAACUGUAAAAAAUAUUGCUGGCAAUUAAAUAAAAAAAUUUGGACAAAAAUAUUCAAAUUAGAAUUAAAUAAAAAUUAAGGUUUUAUUUUUUAAAUAUAACAAUUUUUAAGUCUGAUUCUCAAUAUAUGAAUAAAACAAAGCUUCUUAUUCAGUUGAAAUUCAAAACUUGCCAUAUAAUGAAAAUUAUUUAAAUUAUAUCAAUUUCCUGCCAUCUUUAAAGAAAUUAUUUUUAUUUUAAAAAUCUGUGUUUUUACAAUGAUGCAGCUUCCAGUCAUUUUAUUAGCUGUUAAGUAUUAAGAGUCAGUAAAUAAUAUCAUAUGAGAGUGUAAUGUGUAAAUAAUCAUUGUAUGAAGUGCAAAUGUAUAAUAAAUUACAUCUUGUAAAUAAAUUCAGAUUUUUCUGUUAAGUUUUCAUAAAAUGUCCUGUUUUUAUAUGUGACCUGUGAAAUGAAUUAGCCAAAUACUUUAUAAGAAAUUAGGAAAAAAAAAAAAAAAAAAAAAAAAUCCUUUUAUUGAUUUGUAAGCUUUUCAAUAAUAAAGGACAGUUACAUUCUGUAUGAAUAUUUCUACUAUAUAAAUAAAAAAAUCCUAUUCAAAA